UGUAAUUAUGUAAUGAACUCAAGCCACAUUUUAACUUGACAUUCUUCCAAUGAAAGUGUCAAGUUUUCUCUUCUUCCUCUUUCUCUCCCUCUCUCUUUUCCUCUCUGCCACCUCCCAUGGAGGCAGCAAUGAUGAUGAUGAUGAUGAUGUUAUGGCAGGUGAAAGCAAUGAACCUCAUGACCUACGUUCCAAAUCCUUGAUUCUGGUCAAGAUAUGGUGCUUGAUUCUUGUGUUUGUAGGGACCUUCAUUGGUGGGGUGUCACCCUAUUUUCUUAAGUGGAACCAGGGUUUUUUGGUGAUGGGAACUCAGUUUGCUGGUGGGGUUUUUCUAGGGACUGCCAUGAUGCAUUUCUUGAGUGAUGCUAAUGAAACUUUUGAGGAUUUGAAUGCUAAACAAUAUCCUUUUGCAUAUAUGUUGGCUUGUUCUGGAUAUUUAUUGACUAUGGUGGCUGAUUGCGUGGUUUCUUAUGUGUAUGGGAAGGGUAAUACUUCAUCGAAUAAUAAUGGUGAUUUGGAGCUUCAAGGGGCUGAGCAGAGCAAAAAUAAUCCUCAUUGCAAUCUGCCGGUUGGUAAUGGUACUGAUACAGCAUGUGCACAGCCCUCAUCACUCACAUCUGUGAGUUCUUUUGGGGAUAGUGUUUUGUUGAUCUUUGCCUUGUGCUUCCAUUCAGUCUUUGAGGGCAUUGCAAUUGGAGUUGCAGAGACACAGGCUGAUGCUUGGAAAGCCCUAUGGACAAUCUCCUUGCACAAGAUAUUUGCAGCAAUUGCAAUGGGGAUAGCACUCCUCCGACUGAUCCCAGAUCGUCCCUUGUUGUCAUGCAUAGCAUACGCUUUUGCAUUCGCCAUUUCAAGUCCUGUUGGUGUGGCCAUCGGGAUCAUAAUAGAUGCCACAACUCAGGGUGCUGUGGCCGACUGGAUCUUUGCCAUAUCAAUGGGGUUAGCAUGCGGAGUGUUCAUCUAUGUAUCGAUAAACCAUCUGUUAUCUAAAGGUUACACACCCCUUAAGACAGUUUCCAUUGACACACCCCAUCACAAGUUUUUGGCUGUCUUGUUAGGCGUUGGAGUGAUUGCUGUUGUAAUGAUCUGGGACACUUGAAUGUAGUAAUUUCAACUCGGGAUACCUUCCCAGUUUUGGUUUGCAAGUAUAGAAUAGAACCAGAUAGAUCAAGUUAGUCUCUCUCUUGUCUAUGUCAUAGUUACUCGAUCACCAUGCUUUCAUUAUCAAUUCUCAAGUGUAUUACUUACAUUCUAUUUGUUCAUUUCUGACUAUAAAUUGGCUUUACUA